ACACACGCACACACCCCGGCCCUGUCAACACGAACAUGGCACCCGGAAACAUGGAGCUGGCGCCGCUGAGGCAGUGGGAUGAUUUCUUCCCCGGAGCCGAGAGGUUCUCUAAACCGGACAUGACGGAUUUAACUAAAUGGAACAACAGAGUGAUCAGCAACCUGCUUUAUUACCAGACCAAUUAUUUUGCUGUGGCCACUGUGGUUUUCUUCAUUGUCGGGUUCAUGAACCCUCUGGGCAUGAUCCUGGGUGGCGUCGUGGUGUCGUUGGUGUUCAUGGGGUCGGUGUGGGCCGGAGAGAACAAGGCGGUGAUCAAGAACUUUAAGAAGAAGAACCCGUCGCUGUUCGUCAUCGCCGUUCUGGGAGUCAGUUACUUCCUGCUGUCUCUGUGUGGAGGCGUGAUGGUGUUUAUCUUCGGCAUCACUUUCCCUCUGCUGUUGGUCCUGAUCCACGCCUCACUCCGUCUGCGCAGCAUGAAGAACAAGCUGGAGAAUAAGAUGGAAGGUGUGGGACUGAAGAAGACUCCCAUGGGUGUGAUCUUGGACCUGCUGGAGCAGCAGGAGGAGAAAAUCAACAAGAUCCAGGAUUUCAUCGAGAGCAAGCUGAAGGACUGAGCGACGAGACGGUUCCGAUCCGACCCGAUCCUCGCCGAGUUUCUCCUCCUGAUCCGUUACUUAUCUAACGCUGUUAAACCCAGAUAUCAUCUCCUUCACUUUCAGCAGCAUGAUGUUCAUGUUCGGAGUCAUCUGAAGAUCCUGAAGGGCCGAAGCACUGAAACGUUUUUCCUCUCGGAACACACACUGCUCCCACAUCCUGUUACACUCGGGAGUCGCGUCUUUCCAAGUCGGAAUGUUUCAGUGCUUCUCCUCAGGAGAACAUGGCCACCUCCUGAAUGUGGAAAAUCUUAGAAUUUAACAAUCAUUAAAAGCAAUAUUGUGUUUAAUCUAAACUCUUUAUCUGUUCAUCCGAAGUAUUGAAUAAUCACUCGAACAAACGCCUUCUGUUUUAUUAAUUCUCUGUCUAAAAGGUAACCACGCCUUUCCUGCAGUGUUGAGCACAAACUUCAAGCUGGAGUUUAUAGCACAAAUAAAAACCAAAAAUAUUAAAAUAAGCUUUGUUUGUUUCACAAAAGUUUCAGGUCAGAAUUACAAAAAUUCAAGAACAUUGCUUCAAGCUUUUAUUACAAAAAAAUUAAAAUGCAGUGUUGGAACUUAACAAUCAAAAGUUUCACAAUAAAAUACAGUAUUUUUUUUUCCAAAACAAAAGGUCAAAUUCCAAAAAUUCCAGAAUAUUGUUCCAACUUUCCAGCCCACAAAGAUUAAAAUACAAAAUUCCAAAACAAAAAAUCAAAACAGGGUCAUUAGGAUUUUCCCUAAAAAUUUAAAAUUGAAAAACAGUGUUACAGAUGGGUUUUUCAAAAAAAAAAAAAAUUGGUACAAUUCCAAAUUCAGGAAUUUUGAAGCCCCCCCCAAGCUUCCCUCAAAAAUUCCAAAUUAUGUUCCAAGCAUUUCCCCCAAACAAGCUGCAAUAAAAUAAAAAUAAAAACAGGUUUAAAAAAAAGUUAGUUAAAAAAAUUAAUAGCAUCAUUGUUUCCCCCAAAAAUGUUGACAUUUAAAAUUAAAAUCCAUUUAAAAAUAUAUAUUUUUGCAUGUUGGGUGGGUUUUUUCCCCUUUUUUUUGUAAUUAAAAAUGAUCCAAGGCGAGUGAUGCGUGCUGUUGACUGUGGAGACGUCUGGGCUGUUUGUCUUUCUGACUGGGAAUUCCGACUUCACAAUUUCGCAGUCAUCUAAUUAUUAUUAUUAUUAUUAUUAUUAUUAUUAUUUAAAUUGCAUGUAAACUCAGCGCAGCAUGAAGCCUCAGAGAUUAAAGUUAAAGGAGGUGAAACUCGGAACCUCGCGGUGAUGCGGAUCGUCACUUCACUCAGUGACGUGAUCCGUCUUCACCGUCGAGUCUUUCUUGUGUUGGGAUUGGAUCAGAUUUUAACCACAUGCCUUUACAAUGAGAGUCAAAUCCGUCUCUGAUUGGUCCGACUGAAGUCUGAUCAGGCAUGAACAUGCAAAUGAUUUAAUUACACUUUGUGGGGGGGGGGGGGGAGGGGAUUCUGCGUGACAUUCAGUCUCAUAAAACACCUGAAACUCCUUAAAGAUGUGGGUGGAUCACGUGGUUUUUUUUUUUUUGGAAGUAAAGUAUUAUGAGGAAUUUUUGCUUGUCAUGUGACUUUAUGACUCAGAUCUGGGAAUUGUGUUCACACCUGCAUGUUUAUGUGGAUUAUCCCAAUCCGGAUUCUCCUGAAAUGUGUGAAACAAGGUGUACACGGCGUCUCGAUGUGUAAUGUAUUUAUAAAGUGUUACGAAAGCUCUUUAUUGUGUCCAUCAUGAAUUAUGCCAGCUUACCUUUUCCUUUGUCUAUGCACUUAUUUUUAUUUUCACACAUUUAUAUUAGUGUCAUAGAGACCCAGUAGGAGAAUAAUGAUUAACAAAAAGGAACAAAAGCACUUUUUAGAUUAAAAUAUUAAAAUGUGUGGGUUUUUUCCCCCAUUAUUACUCAACUUGAAUUUGCUCAUUGUUGAUGAAUGUUAAGUAUUCUUGAUUUGUUUUGGAAGACGAGAAAUAAAAGCUGCACGCUGUACACUGCAUCUUAAAGAUCCAUUCCCUGUGGCAUGUCGAGGGGGGGAAAAGUUUUACAGAAUUUUUUUAUUAUUGAUAUCGUCCAUAUUUGUUAAUUUUUAAUUUUUUUAAAUUCAUGCGGUGGCUGCUUUACCCACACAAAAGCCAAAUGCAAUCUAAGCAUAAACAUUUUUCUUAUGUCAGCUUUGGGAUCUGAACUCUCAACCUUCUGGCCACUCGAGCGGAAUCUUGCCCUCUGCUCACUUACAGUCAUUUUGUUACUACCUCAGAUAACGAUCAGUGAACCUCCAACAACCCGAAUGAAUCAAAUCAAGCACAUGAUUAGAACUAAGUUCAGAUUUCUGGUGCAUUUAAUCAGAUAUUAUUUGUGAGCUCAGUUUUCGAAACACCCCAUGGUAUCAGGAUCAUAAUCUCCAUGUUGACGUGUGGAAGUGUUGAACAGUUCUCACACUGAAUAAUUUGUGGUGAAAAAAGAACUCUCCUGGUUUUUUUUAAGCUAUGCAAAAAAUAUAACAACAGCUUCGCAAAUUAAUUCAUGUAAAGCUUUUCCAUUAAUCCUUUUAUUUCUCUCAGUAAGGUUGCAUUCUCUUUUUUUUUUUUACAUUACAUGUCCUAUUAAUCUUCCUCAAACCAAAUGGUUUUUACAAUCUAUUGUCAUAUUUAUUGUUUAUAAAAAGUUGCAUCUAUGCAUUUAAAAUGGUUUAAGCUCCUUUAUACCCUUCAUUUGUCUUUAUUUUCAUUUUUCUCAGAUGGUAACUGAUGAUGCAAAGUUAAUAAAAGUUUCUGACGGAUGAGAAUCAA